CUUUUUUUUUUUUUUUUUGACAAUGCGCGCUCUCGCGUUCAGAUCUCAACGCUCGUUCACGUACCACCCUUCCCACCCAGCAUGCGCCAGCCUGAUGCGAGUGAACACACCAGUGUAUUUCUAUUGCACGGGAGAGUGAAUUACAGCAGAGUCAAACCUCAGCGAGAGAGUGAGAGAAAUCAGAGCAGGCGAAGAAGCUUUUCACAGCAGCAACAUGCGCUUCACAACCACGCCUGCCUUGAACAACACAACAAACUAGGAUAUAAGGUCCCCCAGUGGGCUGGUUCCUCUCCUCGUUGCAUCUCCUCGUCCAUUUCUCCUCCUCCUCUGUACUCUAGAACCCUUUGAGGAGUGAGACCAUGGCUCUGUUUUCCUCUCUACGCUCCCCUGUCCUCCUUCUGUCUCUCUUCCUCGUCCUUUCUCUGCCUCCAUCCUGUUUCCCGGAGUCCCAGCGUGAAGAACCGUCUUUCCAGCCCUCCAUCUUUCCAGAUGUUUCUCCAGAGCCCUACAGUAAUCUGACGGAUAACGGCGAUGGCGCUGUUAUUAACAAGAAGUGCAGCGAUCUGGUCGAGUGCAGACCUGGAAUUAUCCUGCCCGUAUGGAAGCCCAUUAAUCCCAGUCUCGGAGAACAGAUCGCCCGAGCCUUUGUGUACUUCCUCUCUCUCAUGUACCUGUUUCUGGGAGUGUCCAUCAUCUCAGACAGAUUCAUGGCAUCCAUUGAGGUCAUCACAUCACAGGAAAAAGAGGUGACCAUCACCAUGCCCAACGGAGAAACGUCAGUGGCCACUGUUAGAAUCUGGAAUGAAACCGUGUCCAACUUGACCCUGAUGGCACUUGGGUCAUCUGCCCCUGAAAUUCUCCUGUCAGUCAUCGAGGUAUGUGGUCAUGGAUUUGAGUCUGGUGAGCUUGGUCCAGGCACCAUUGUAGGCAGUGCUGCCUUUAAUAUGUUCAUGAUCAUUGGGAUCUGUGUGUGGGUGAUUCCUGAUGGCGAGGUGAGGAAGAUCAAACAUCUCAGAGUCUUCUUCAUCACUUCCUUCUGGAGUAUCUUCGCUUAUAUCUGGCUCUACCUGAUCCUCUCCGUCAUCUCACCGGGAAUCGUGGAGGUAUGGGAAGCACUGGUUACUCUCUGUUAUUUCCCUAUCUGUGUGAUUCUGGCUUGGAUCGCCGACCGCCGUCUCCUCUUCUACAAGUACAUGUCCAAGCGCUACCGUGCCGACAAAAGAACGGGGGUUGUUGUGGAGACAGAGGGGGAGAUGACUCCUAAAAGUAUGGAGAUGUUGAUGGAUGGGAAGUUUCCACUGAGGGGUGGAGCUGUAGAAUUCAGUAUGCAGGAAAAUUGCCAGGAUGGUACCAGCAACACAACAGGUGCCAUGACAACUCUACCCAACUCCAACAGCAUCGUUUACAUGGACGGUGCCAAAGACCAAGACGAGAGUCGUAAAGAAGGAAUCCGUAUCCUAAAGGAUCUAAAGCAGAAAUAUCCAGAUAAGGAUUUGGAUCAACUGGUGGAGCUGGCCAACUACUACGCCCUUCUCCAUCAACAGAAAAGUCGCGCCUUUUAUCGCGUUCAGGCCACACGCAUGAUGAUCGGGGCUGGUAACGUGCUGAAGAAACAUGCGGCCGAUCAUGCUCGCCGUGCUGCCGUGACGAGCGGCAAGGAGGCUUUGGAAGAGGAGGACCUGACCGUCUGCAGCCGCAUUUCCUUAGAAAGCGCACACUGCCAGUGCAUGGAGAACUGCGGCACGAUCGCAAUACCCGUGGUGUGUCGAGGAGGUCUGGGAGAGAGCACGUUCUAUGUCGACUACUGUACAGAAGACGGCACGGCCAACGCAGGUUCAGAUUACAAGUACUGUGAAGGAACGCUGGUGUUUAAGCCAGGAGAAACCAGAAAAGAGAUAAAGGUGGGCAUCAUCGAUGAUGACAUCUUCGAGGAGGAUGAACAUUUCUUUGUGCGUUUGCUAAAUCUGCGUGUCGGUGAUGCGGAGGGUAUGUUUGAGAGUGACGACACGGAGCAGGAACCCAAGGCCCGGCUGGUGGAACCGCUGAUGGCCACGGUCACCAUCCUGGAUGAUGACCAUGCAGGGAUCUUCACUUUUAUGGACCGUCUGGUUCGAGUGAGCGAAAGUGUGGGAACCAUGGAAGUGACUGUGGUCCGGAACUCCGGCGCCCGUGGAACCGUCAUCAUUCCAUACCACACGGAGCCCGGAACAGCCGAGGGGGGAGGGGUUGAUUACGAGGACACACACGGAGAGUUGGAAUUCACCAACGACCAGACAACUCAGACCAUCCAGGUGAGGAUCACUGAUGAUGAAGAGUAUGAGAAACAUGAAAAUUUCUUCAUCGUUCUCGAGGAACCUCGCUGGCUGAAGAGAGGAAUAUCAGCCCUGCUGCUGAACCAAGAGGAUCCAGAGGGACAUCUGAGUGCAGAGGAGGAGGAGGCGAGGAAGAUAGCAGAGAUGGGGAAACCCAUUCUGGGGGAGCACAGCCGACUCGAGGUGGUGAUCGAAGAAUCCUACGAAUUUAAGAGUACCGUUGAUAAAUUGAUCAAGAAGACUAACCUGGCGCUGGUCAUCGGCACUCAUUCUUGGAGAGAACAGUUCGUCGAGGCUGUGACCGUCAGUGCAGGUGACGGUGAUGAAGAUGAAGAGGAGGGUCGUGAGGAACGUCUCCCGUCCUGCUACGAUUAUGCCAUGCAUUUCCUGACAGUCUUCUGGAAGGUUCUGUUUGCGUUCGUUCCACCCACAGAAUACUGGAACGGUUGGGCCUGCUUCCUUGUGUCCAUCACUGUAAUUGGGAUCCUCACUGCAAUCAUCGGGGAUGUGGCAUCUCACUUCGGCUGCACUGUAGGCCUGCGCGACACUGUCACUGCGGUGGUGUUUGUGGCUCUGGGCACCUCUAUCCCAGACACAUUCGCCAGUAAAGCCGCUGCUACUCAGGAUCAGUACGCAGACGCCUCCGUUGGAAAUGUCACUGGCAGCAAUGCCGUUAACGUGUUUCUGGGUAUUGGCGUGGCCUGGUCCGUAGCGGCCAUCUACUGGGCCGUCCAAGGCAAGCGAUUUUAUGUGGACCCUGGGUCGCUGGCCUUCUCCGUCACCCUAUUCACUAUUUUUGCCUUCAUCAGCAUGGCGGUACUACUCUUCCGCCGUCGACCAUCUAUUGGCGGAGAACUGGGUGGCCCACGUGUCCCACGCCUCCUUACUAGCCUCCUCUUUCUGGGUCUUUGGUUCCUCUAUAUUCUCUUCUCCAGCCUAGAGGCCUAUUGCCACAUCGAGGGCUUCUGAAAACCACUCAGAGGAGAAAUGGAAGCUGCAACUACAGCAAACACUUGUUACAUAACAUACUGAUAUUUCCAAACAAAUUUAGGGUGAUUUUAAAGCUGGAAGCCAGUGUGAGGGUCUUAGUUUUGCGGUACGUGUUUCAGAAGCUAAGUACACACAAACACAGACACAAAUUUAAACACAACAUGUCUUUAGUGAAUCGUUGAAUGCACUAAUAAAGAGAGAACUCAACUUGAGGUGACCAAGAACCCCGGUCGAAACCAACAAGGAGAGGUUGGUUCACGGACAGAGGUGGAACAGAGAUAAGAUAAGAGAUUGUGUUGGAUAGAGGAGCUUAUGAAAAAAUAAGCAAAGUAUGUAGCAAAGGAGGCCAAAAGGCAGUGUAAUGUACUAAAACAAAAGAGAGGGCAAUGCUGUAAAAUAGUUACAUUUUAGACGAUUAAUAGACGACUUUUGUUUCCCGUACAAAGGUGGGCACUCAUUUUGUACAUUGUUAUAUUACAGAGCUUUGCAUGGUUCAAGGACACAAUAAAUCAGAGUUAAGAAAAAAGUUUUAAUUAGAACAAACAGACAAACUAUUAUGAUGGCGAAAUUUGAGGUGUGCAGCAUUUAAAAUGCUUUAAAGAAAAAUGCUGCAUAACAUAACAGAUCAGUAGUUUUGGCCAGACCUUGAAGGCUAUAUCAAACACUUCAAAGUUGUCAAAGGUGUUUUAGUAUUACUGCACUAAAGCCAGGUGUACACUGUGCAAUUUACAAUUGUUGCCUACCAAUAUACAAUAUGAUUCUAUUGAGAUCUUGGGUAAAAGCUAAGAAAGACUGCACAAUAUCAUCUUCUUUUGUCACAUCAUCAAUGUCAGACUGCACGAUAUACAUCUUGCCUAACUUUGGUCACGAUUGACAGCAUUGACCGGGCGCUUUACCUCAUCAAGACGUGUCACGGUUCUGACAUCCUUAUUGACACAUGAAAUUGAAAUGGUACCGUACAAACCAUAGCAAGCACUUGUUGCGCUGAUGUUGGCAAUGAGAGUGUUUCCAUGCUCACCAAUGGUCUGAUAACCAGGGACAAAAAAUUAAAUUCAUUUCAGUUCAUUCUGAGCAAAAACUGUAUUUUUUCAUUCCGGUUCAGAAGUUCCGCAGCCUCCUUUCCAAAAGGUUACCCGGUUAGAACAAAAUAAAAGAACGGUUAAUAACGUUCUUUUUAAAAUGACAGUACUCUGCACUAAGGGUUGGGUGAAACACCAGUUGCAGUGUUGCCAGAUCUCGCAAGAGAAACAAGCGACCUGGUCUGGAAAAACAUGCCUAAAAUAAGACACUUGCCACACCGAAAUAAGUGAAAAUAAGCAAUUAAUUUUUUUCCUGUGUGGUGAUCGGCAUAGAAAUCAUAACAAGCAGUUAAUUAACAGUUAAGUAUAAUUUUUUUACAGAUCUGCUUCUCAGUCAAAACCAGGCAGCAUCAAAUCUGUAUUAAUUCAUCAUAUCUAACAAUAAUUUGUGAAGAAUUAUUGUAAACCACUGAGAAAUGCAGCCUACUUUUUACCUCUAAUAAUGUUUUCCUUGUAACUGGAUUAGCUGUGCAUGUAUAUGUAGUAAUUGUAAAGCUGUGAAAAAGAUCUUCAUUCACAGAAUGCGACAUCCACAAUGGAAAAUUAGUCAAAGAAAUGUGUGAUGCAGCAGUUUCCUUCAAUAUCAAAGCACAUUUUUCAUUUUUUGGGCAACGUGAAGUGGUGUAGUUCCAAAAAUGUACUGUGAUAAAUCCUUUAGCCUUUAGUUUCAUGAAAAAAAUAUCGGAACAAAAUUAACCUGUUAUAACUGGUUAUCAGCAUUUAAAAAUAAUGUUUUCACUCUGGAACAAUUGAAAAUCACUUUGUUCCCAUUUUCAGUUACGUUCUGCUAAACAUUUCGGCUUUCGUUUUCGUUCCUUGAACCGUUUUUAGUCCCUGCUGAUAACUACCAAUAAUGAGCUUAUUUUAAAAAAUCAGAUAAUGCAAGAAAAACGUGUUUACAUGAGAUUUUAACUCUUCGGAUUAUUAUUUGCUUUUGCCGUCAAAGCGUUAACUUUCAUGCGCAGUACACUUGCGCACAUUGGAUAAGCCAGUCAGAACUCUGGUAAAGGUGUUUACAUGCAACUCGUUAUUGAGGCAAUGGGCAAAAAUUGACAUGCCUAUCGGUUUAUGACCUUACUCCAAUAAAGGAAGAUCGUUUAAGGCGUUUACAUGACCAAACAUGUUGUCGACUCAUUAAGCAUAGUCCGUGUUAGACUGUGCAUGUAAACGCACUCAAAGUGCGCAUUUAUUAGGUAAUAAAAAUAAUAAUUUGAUACUUUUAUAUAGCGCUUUUCUAGGCACUCAAAGCGCUGUCUUUACAUAGUAUUGGGGGAAUCUCCUCAACCACCACCAGUGUGCAGCAUCUGCCUGAAUGAUGCAACGGCAGCCAUAGUGCGACUGAACACCCAACACACUAUUGGUGGAGAGGAGAGUACAGUAAUGUAGCCAAUUCAUAUAUACAUGGGAUUAUUAGGAAGCCAGGAGGGAUACAGGCCAAUGGACAAAUUUGUCCAGGACAUGCACACAAUAAGCUGACAACUACCAAAAAUGAGCUUAUUCAAAAAAAUCAGACAACGUAAAAAAACGCAUUUGCCUGAGACUUGAAAUCAUCGGGUUUUUCUCUGUUUUGACAUCAAAACGUACACAGGCAUGCGCACAACAGUUGUGCACAUUGGAUAAGCUGGUAAAGGUUUUCCCAUGUGAUGGAAAAUCGGGGUAAUUAGCACAAAUCUACCUGUUUCGAUUGGUUUUUGCUUAAACCAUUUAUGGCCUUACCCCGAUAAAAGAAAACCUUUGAAGGCGUUUAGAUGAUCACAUACGGUGCUGGCUUAUUAAGCAUAAUCGGUUUAAGAUUGUACUUGAAAAUGCGCUCAUUGCGGCUGCGUGAAAGGGAAUUUUGUGGCCUGAUCAAAAAAUUUUGAUAGUAAGAUCAUAACGUGAAGGGAAUGAUAUAUAAGAUCUUUGUGUUGCAUAAAUAUUGUCAUUACCAGAAGUCAGUUAAAGGCUAAGACUCAUUGCACAAGCAAUUAAUCAUUAAAUGUGACACACUAAGCAAUCCAAGACUUCCCGUUUUGCCCUAUGAUGACAAAUCUUUUACGAUCCACAAAAUUUGUCUUGGAAGGUAAAAUUGCGGGAAAAAAUUAAAUCGCACAGUGUGCAACUGCCUUUAGGCUAGAAUGGGAUUGAGGCAGCAAUAGCUAAUGAACAGAAGUGUUAAAAAGUAUUACAUGAUUGAAAAGAAACUUGGCAUAUUUAAUUAAAUGUUGAGACUCUUGAAACUCUGCUAGUUUAGAGAAAUCAUGUCCAAAGAUGAUAUUUCGCCUAAUUUUACAUGAAUGCGCACACUACACUUCUUUGUAAUUAAACAAAAAGAAAACAUCUCACACAAUAGAAUUCUUCUCUUUAUGACAUUACAAUGAUAACUUGGAUCUCUUGAAAUGGAACACAUCUCUUUUUGACAUGCAUUUGUCAUCGCAAAAUUCAUUCUAUACACCUCCUGUUGCCAAAAGACAAUGGAGCUAUUUCUCUGUCCACUUUUAAAAGUCUGGCUAUAAAGAGUCCACAGGAAAACACUGACUGUCAUUUCCAUAUUUCUCACUCGGAGACUGUCCAACGGUCAGGUGUGCCUAUUGGGAAUUAAUGUGAAACUCUUUUCCUCUCUUAGUAUGUAACCACAGCAUUGUUAUAAAAAUCACCACCUCCUACUGCUGUUCGAAGUAUAUUACAAAUAAUGUCUCCAUCUUUGCUUGCAGUGGCUGAAUGGGGUUCAUUCUCAUUCAAACAAACUGUGAGAGCUUAUCGUCUUAGUCUGUGUGACUAGCAGUUUAAUAGGAAGAAAAAUGAUUUAAGUGUAAACUUUAUUACGGUCCAACAAUUGAAGUGUACACUUUCAUUUAUGCAUCCAGUGACUUUUACAGUUCUCAUUACAAAACACUACAGUCAAAGAAUAAAUCUCAUGAAAAACAUGUCCAGGCCACAUUUUACCCCAAAAUUAAAAGGAACAAAAUAAGAAAUAAUUUUUAGGACCAUUAAUAUUUUAUUCUUUUCAUGACAUUUUCCACCCAAAUUCUCAUGACUAUAUUGCGUCCUAAAGUUUUGUUUUUUUGUAAUUCCAAUUAUUUUAAUGGAUAUUCUCAUUAGAUAAUGCCUUCAUAUAUAUCUAAAAUCUAAUAUGACUACAGUAACAUUUUAACUACAAUAUAUUACAGCCAAAAAUUACUGUAAUACAAUGAUUCUAUAUUUAAAUCAGCAUAAAUUAAAGGCAAUACAUCAAAUAGUAUCAUUAUAAAUAUGUAACAAAUUAAUUCAUAUGCUUUUUUAUUCCACUCGGAAUUAAUUAUAUUUUUACAGGUGGGGGAAAAUAUACUUAUUGCAAUUUCAAUGAAUUUGUCAUGAAAAUAUUGUCACAAUUCAAAAAUAUGAAUAGGCCAUUGCGAAAUGUAAUUUUUCAUUUCUUUAUUUCGGAGUGAAAUAUGUCCCGGACAUGUUCUUACCAUGAGAUUCAUCCCAAAAUGUUACUGUACAGUUUCUCUUGACAUUGUGUAAACCUGUCUGGGGCCUCUUGUUGUAGAACAUAUUAAUAAUCUAAUUAAAUGAAGCUGAUUAGUCCAUGACAGACUAAUUACACUUGGGGCUGAAUGUUGAUUGGUCCUCGUUAUGCCUAAAUCUGAAAGCUGGUCCCUGAUAGAUUCACAAUAAAAUGUUGUCUACUUGUUGAGCACUCAGGAUUGUAUGUAUGUGUACGUUAAGGGGAUUCUAAACAUUUUUAUGUUGGCAACUCAUCUGUCCGCUGUGUAGAUGUUUGUAUAAAGAUGUGCAGUGUGUCGUUCUUCUUGGUACAACCUGUUUUCUUCUGCUAUACUUCAUGGCUGGACUUGUCUGUGGUCUAGUCAAUCGAACUGCAUAAUGGAGUACAUAUUGGCAGAACUAUAACGGCAUGCUUUGACUCGGAAGACAUGCAUGAAUGCUCAUGUGAUGUUUACGUUACUAAAAGGGACAGUGUGUGUGCUAACUUACAUUGGACGACAGAUUCUGCUGCCUAUAAAUCUCUUUUGUGGUAUUUUGUCAGUAAUCCAGUUAACAGAAUUUAUGUAUUUAAAAGCAGAUCAGGAUGUCUCAUUCUUUUCAAGAAUGUCUUGUGAUAAAAAUUCCUCCGUGAUCUGUUUAUUUUAUUUUCAUAAUUUUUAAGACGGAAAAUGCUUUUGCUGAAAAGGAUUACAGCAACAGUGAAUUGCUUUGCCUCACAUUUUCGUGUUUUUUGUUUUUUUUACGCUGAACACUGUUCGCGCCUUUGUUUACAAUUCAACAGAGAGAAGUUAGACGUUGGCAAGCAUGAAAUUUGAUUUUGAUUGGCAAGAAUGAAGCAUACGUUUUUGUUUUAUGUAUGCUCAACUCAGCCAUCAGAAAUUCUCUAACUUAAACGGACUGUUAAAUCAUUAGUUUAUAAGUAGACAAAGCAUCUAUAUAAAAUUGUUGAGUGGGGGUAUAACUUUAAAUGAGAUUUUCAUACUUAUCUCGAUAUCUAAAAACCUAAAGUAGGGGUAUAUCCUAGAACCUAGAUCAUUAGAAUAAUAAACUUGUUACGUCUUUUGUUUCCUUGUUUCCUGUUUCACCCAAUUAUUGCCUUAAGAGACAUAAUUGAAUUACCAUUGUAACUGUAUCGUGUUAAGUGUUAAUAAUGUUUAUAUUUUCAACAGAAACCAAAAUGAUUGAGACAAAGCAUGCAAUAUGCUAACAUCCCCUUUGCACGCGAUAUCGUGCAUGCACUGGUGUUGCAUUGAACCCUUGACUUAUACUUGGUGCCUAUCUAGACCCAGUUGCUUUAAGGUUCCUUUAGUGCAUGGGGGCGUGUUCUCAACACUACAAAUAGAAAGUGCAAUAAAUCCGAAAAAUGAAACGGAGAGUCUUGAGUUUGUGGGGUGGAGCAAUUUUGUGAUAGUCCAAACUGAUUCUUAGUUUAAUCGUCAAUGUUAUUUUAAUGUUCUCCAACGGUAACUACUGUAGGAACUUAGUUGGAGUCAGUUUAUCGAAAUCACCUAUUGCCCUGAAUGUCAGAUGUUUACUGUUUUUAUGACUCUGUUAAUGUCGAAAGAUUUGUACAACUUUUUGGAAUACGACUUUGAGACAUUUUCAGUAGGUGAUUUUUCUACUUCCAAGUGUACUGAAAUUGAUAAUAACCUCAAUAUUUGUUGAAGUAAUGGUUUUUGAUAACUGUUUCCAAGAUCUUUAACUAUCCUUGGUAGGUUAAAUUGGAUUGAAAGAAAUCGCCAUAUGUUGUACGAUAAUUCAGACUCCACUGGCAGUUUUUGUUAGUUGCAGCAUAUUUGGUCUCAAUGCUGCUCACUUUAAUUAGGCAAUCUGUCACUCAUCUAUCUAUCUAUCUAUCUAUCUAUCUGUCUGUCUGUCUGUCUGUCUGUCUGUCUAUCUGUCUGUCUGUCUGUCUGUCUAUCUAUCUAUCUAUCUGUCUGUCUGUCUGUCUGUCUGUCUGUCUAUCUAUCUAUCUGUAUGUCUGUCUGUCUGUCUGUCUGUCUAUCUAUCUGUCUAUCUGUUUAUCUGUCUGUCUGUCUAUAAUGAAUUACAAAUAUGUAUUCCCUGUGAAACAGUUUCUUGUGCACUGGGCCAAAGGCUAUUUUAUUUAUUAAUUUAUUUAAAAAAGACUUUGUCUUUAACUAAUAACUCAUGAUAACUGAAUAAAUUACACUCUAGUUGUAACUGUCUUGUUUGUGAAAGGCAUGUUAAUUGAGGAAAUGCCACCGUGGCAUUCUCUGAUACACGUCUUCAUGUGUUCUGGUGGUGAUGUUGCAUUUCUGCUGUCAACCAGCUGUUGGACUGUGUUCAUUACUGUAAAUGUGAAGCUCUGCUGUUUUUUUUUUUUUUUGUUUGUUUUUUUUUUGUACAUGUGCCUUUAAUGUGCAAAACGCAUGAUGUACCUGUUUGUACGAAGUUCAUCUUUCUCGUGUUGGGACAGAAUUAGAAGCGAGGAAGGUAACCUGUUGACAAAAAGGUUGUUACAACUUCAUUUCCUUUUUGCCUAAAGAAAUGUGAACAAAAGUUUUUACUUUUCUUGUUGUGAAUUUCUGUCUUGUCCUAACAGGUUUGUAUGUUGUUUGCAUCCUACCAAACUGGUCUUGUUCCCUGCCUUGUUUUGGUGCACCUUUAUCGGUGACCAUUUCCCUCUCUUAUAUAUUACUUUAAAUAAUGACUGAUUUACCGUCAGAAUUGGAAAAAAAAAUAAGAUGAGAUAUUAAUAUCAAAUACUGUAAUCACUAGAAUUAUACCUAAUAUUUUAGUUUU